AUGGCAGGUGGCAGUCCAGAAGCCAAGAGGGUAGUGGUGUACCGGAAUGGGGACCCUUUCUCCCCAGGCCACCAGCUGGUGGUGACUCAACGCUGCUUCCCCACCCUGGAGACCUUCCUCUGUGAGGUGACAUCGGCUGUGCAGGCCCCAUUGGCCGUGCGUGCUCUCUACAUGUCUUGUCAUGGCCACCCUGUCACCGACCUGGCAGACCUGCAGAACGGAGGGCAGUAUGUGGCUGCUGGCUUUGAACGAUUCCGCAAGCUCCCCUCUUUACACCCUAGAGGGGAGGAUCCAGGUGGGAAGAGCAGCAGCCUACCAGGCCCUCCUGUGAUUCAGCAGCCAUGUGAUGGGGCCCUUGGACAGUGGCUACCUGCAGGUUCCCCCUGCUAUAUCCAUGUGUUCAGGAAUGGGGAUCUGUUAAGCCCCCCAUUUAGCCUGAAGCUGUCCCAGGCUGCCAGCAAGGACUGGGAAGCAGUGUUGAAACUCCUGACUGAGAAGGUGAAAUUACAGACCAGGGCUGCGCGCAAACUCUGCACCCUGGAUGGGCUCCCACUGUCAGCAAGGGAAGCUCUGGUGAGCGGCCAUUACUAUGUGGCUGUUGGAGAGGAUGGUUCAAGGCCCUCCCCUAUCUGGUGCCUCGCCCCUCACUGCCCGGGGGGCUGCUGGCAACCCCCAGACCCAAAGUCCAGGCUCCACAAGCAGGGGGUAGGCCAUGGCCGCAGAGCGCAGGCAACCCAGUCCUCUCCAAAGGAAGCCAGGCAAAUUGAGCCACCUGCUUUUUAUGCCAGCCCCCAGCAGGCUUUUCAGCAUGCUCCCCACUCGUUACUUCCCACAUCAGGAGUCAAGGGAGUGUAUGGGGCCCCAAGGACGGAGACAGCAGGGGCCCAGGGAGUAGCACAUGAUGAAGCCACCUGGACAGAGGAGCCCCUGGAUCAGAGGGCAGCACAGGUAGUGGAAGAGGCCCUGAUCCUGGAAAGCCGGCGAGCUGGGGCAGCUCUCUCGGCCUCGGCCCGGGCCCCUGCUCCGCCAUCUUGA